AUGGGCGGUGAUUAUUGUCGCCCGUCCGGAAGCUACCCGCAGCUGGCUGCUGGGCCCGUGGGCAAGCAGAUUCACAGCAUCUAUCAGGGGAGACUGAGGCAGUUCAUCAAUGGCGGACAGUACAGAGAGCAGAGCUUGAUUGGCAAGCUCGACGAAGCCCGCGUCAAGGGCACCGACACGCAACAUGUCAAACUCUCCGUCUACUCGCCGCCCGGCCAGGCCCGUCCGCUGUUCAAAGAAGCCACCUCCCACCCCUUCACGCCCACCAACGUCGGCGCCUCCUUUGGGCCUAGCUGGUCCACGCACUGGUUCAAGGUGAAGCUCACCGUCCCCAAGCACCUGCUGGAGAAGGAGCGCCUGGAGUUCCACUGGGACGCGGACAACGAAGGCCUCAUCUGGACCGACGACGGACACACGGUCCACGGCCUGACGGGCGGCGGCGAGCGCGUCGAGUGGAUUCUGCCCGACGCCUUCCGCGACGGCAAAGAGCACACCUUCUACAUCGAGAUGGCGUGCAACGGCAUGUUCGGCAACGCCCCGGGCGACGACUCGAUCCAGCCGCCAGAUCCAAACCGCUACUACACCCUGCACACCGCCGACAUUGUUGCCGUCAAUCUGGAGGCGCGCGCGCUGUACUUUGAUUUCUGGGAGAUCGGCGAUGCUGCGAGGGAGUUCUCCCAAGACUCGCUCGAGGCCCACGCCGCGCAGCAGGUCGCCAAUCGCAUCAUCGACACCUUCAUUGCCGGCGGCGGGAGCAACGACAGCAUCAGCAACGCUCGCGACAUCGCCCGCGCCUAUCUGGGCGACGUCGACUCCCACCACAUCUAUGAGGGCGACAAGGACGCGCUCGUCACGGGCAUUGGCUACUGCCACAUCGACACCUGCUGGCUGUGGCCCUUUGCCGAGACGAAGCGCAAGGUCAACCGCUCGUGGUCCAGCCAGUGCGAUCUCAUCGACCGCUAUCCCGAGCUACGCUUCUGCUGCUCGCAGGCACAGCAGUACAAGUGGCUGGAGCAGGACUACCCGUCUACCUUCGACCGCGUCAAAAAGAAGGUCAAGGAGGGCAGCUUCCAGCCGAUUGGAGGCAGCUGGGUCGAGCACGACACCAACUUGCCUGGUGGCGAAUCCCUCAUCAGGCAGUUCCUCUACGGACAGCGCUACUUUGAGAGCAGGUUUGGCCAGCGAUGCAAGACCUUCUGGCUUCCGGACACCUUCGGCUACUCGACCCAGCUUCCCCAGAUAUGUCGCAUUUCAGGUAUGACGAGGUUCCUGACCCAGAAGCUGAGCUGGAACAACAUCAACAACUUCCCUCACACCACCUUCAACUGGGUCGCCCUCGACAACAGCCAGGUCAUCUGCCACAUGCCGCCGUCAGAGACAUACACCGCCGAGGCCAACUUUGGCGACGUCAAGCGCAGCGUCACACAGCACAAGUCGCUCGACCAGGACCAGACGUCUCUGCUCGUCUUCGGCAAGGGCGACGGCGGCGGUGGGCCGACGUGGCAGCAUCUCGAGAAGCUUCGUCGCUGCCGCGGCAUCAGCGAGAAGACCAGCCUCCUCCCGCGCAUCAAGCUGGGCGACUCGGCAGACGACUUCUUCGACAAGCUGGAGAAGAAAGUCGAAAACGGCACUGAGCUGGUUACCUGGUACGGCGAGCUGUAUUUCGAGCUCCACCGCGGCACCUACACCACGCAGUCCAACAACAAGCGCAACAACAGGAAGAGCGAGAUUCUGCUGAGGGAUAUCGAGUACCUUGCAACUCUGGCAACCAUCAAGAACGGAUUCGGGAAGAGCAGCGCCUACAAGUAUCCGAAGAAGGACAUCGAUGACAUGUGGGAGAGCGUGCUGCUCUGUCAGUUCCACGACUGCUUACCAGGGAGCUCGAUCGAGAUGUGUUAUGAUGACUCUGACAAGAUCUAUGCUCAAGUCUUCGCAACAGGCGAAAAGCUACUCUCCGAGGCCCUGUCCGAGCUAGGCUUUGAUGAUGAAAACACACUCACUGCCAACAGCAGGCUCUGCACGCUCAACACUCUCCCAUGGAAGCGCAGCGAGAUCGUCCGACUACCCAGCUCCCACCCUCACGAAUACGGUCUUGCACAUGGCGACGCUCUGAGCACCAUGUCCAUCCGGCCCCUGGCAUCCGCGCACUCCGCGGCGACGGCGUCAAUCGCAGAAACCCACCCGGGCGUGUUCGAACUGCGCAACUCGCAGUUCGUCGUCAAAGUCACAGACGGUGCUAUCACUUCGCUCUACGACAUCAAUGCCGAACGGGAGCUGAUACCCCAAGGCAAGAAGGCCGCGCAACUUGUCAUCUACGACGACAAGCCUCUCUACUGGCAGGCCUGGGACGUUGAGGUGUACCAUCUGAACUCCCGCCAAGAGCUCUCGCCUCAGAAAGUCUACAUCACAUCUUCCUCCACCGCAAAGGUCUCUCUGACCGUCGAGACGAAGAUAUCGGAGAAGUCAUGGAUCAAGACCACCCUCUCCUUACCAGCAGCCAUCGGCGACUCACCUUCAGCGAUUGAGAUUGAAGCUGAGAUCGAAUGGCAUGAGACGAUGAAGUUCCUGAAGGUCGAAUUCCCCGUCAACAUCACCAACACCGAAGCCAGCUACGAAACGCAGUUUGGCAUCGUCCGAAGACCAACACACUACAACACUUCCUGGGACAUGGCCAAGUUCGAGGUCUGCGUGCACAAGUGGGCUGACCUGUCGGAAGCCACCUACGGCGUCAGUAUCCUGAACGACUCCAAGUACGGCUUCGCCGUCGCAGGGAACGUGAUGCGACUGAGCCUGCUGCGCGCACCCAAGGCACCCGACGCGCACGCGGAUAUGGGCCGCCACAGCACCAAAUACGCCAUCUUCCCGCACUCAGGCCCGCUCACACAUGCCACGGUCCGCAAAGCCUUCGAAUUCAACAAUCCGCUCCGCGUCGUAGGCCACAAGCGGUCCACCGCCGCCGCCGACCUCGCAGGCCAGCGCGUCGAAUCAGGCAAACCGGGCGUGCUCAGCGCGUUCAAGAUCCUCGGCGCAGACAACCUCGUCCUCGACACGGUCAAGCGCGGCGAAGAUGACGAGGACGUUUCGCGCGGCGAGUUGCCUGUACACAAGGGCCACUCGGUCAUUGUGCGCGUCUAUGACGCCAUGGGCGGCCGGUCCAAGGCGGUGCUUAGCUGGGGCGACCUGAAAGUCAAGAAGGCGGUUAAGACGAACGCGCUGGAAGAUGAGGAGGAGGAUCUGACUGAGAGUUUGGUUAGUGCUGAGGCGACCGGCAGUGCGAAGGGAGUCAAGAUUGAGAUUCGUGCGUUCGAGGUUGCCACGUUCAAGUUGGUUUUGGAGUAG